AUGCCUUCUUGCGAUGGGAUCCGCGACGAAUAUAUUCAGUGCCUUCUACGGUCCGAAUGCGUAUUCAUCAAGAGACACUCUGUCGACGAGUGCAUAAGAAACAAGGAUCUCGCGCACCUCGUCCCGGAGCAAUGCAAGAUGCUCGGCAAAAGCCUGUUUGAAUGCAAGCGCGGACUACUGGAUAUGCGCAAGCGCAUGCGCGGUGUGCCCAAUGCGGGUGUGGGCAAACGGGAUCAGAUCGACGAUAGUUCAAAAUGGAGCGAAUAA